UGUUACGCGCGGGUGUAGUUUGACAGUAGCCUAAAACCGUCUGUAAAAAUGGCAGACAAGGACAGUUCAUCGGGGGGUGGAUCCCAGGAGAAUCUGGCCAUCGAUGCCAUAAACCUGGAUAUCGAAGAGCUGGACGAUGCAGAGUACGCGAUACCAGCGGUGGACCACCUGCCAUCCCUGGAGAGUAUCCUGACGGAGCAGGACACAGGGGAAUUAUCAGGAACUGACCUGGACAUCGGUGUAGCCUCGGCAGAGGCUGUCGAGGGUAGUGAGACAACGAGUGUUGGUAGUCUUCUGUCCUUGAAUUCCCUGAACAAGCCGACAGCUCGAAAUCCGGAGAUUCCCCUAUCCGGGGUCAUCCUGAAGCACGCGAUAAUGCGGGGCAUCACGUCCCAGAUUAAAUCCGCAUCGGAGAAGGUCAAUGGGGGUCUUGCGAGCGCAGUGGCAGCUGGUGGUGAUCUACUGAUAAUUGGGACAAGUCACGGGCUUCUUCUUGCUUUUGAUUCCAAGCAGACCCUGAGGUGGUGCAACCAGGAGGCACGUCAUCAGGGGGCAGUCUCAUCCCUGGGGUUCAAUCAUGAUGGGACGAGAUUGCUCGCAGGUUAUGCCCGCGGCCACAUUCUCAUGAUAGACAGUUCAAAUGGAAAAGUCCUGCGAACUCUGACUGAGGUGCAUCCACCAGGGACUGCAGUACUCCACGUGAAAUUCACGGAUUCCCCGACCCUGGCCCUCUGCAGUGACAGCGGUGGAUCGGUUUUCGAGUUGAGUUUCACCCGAGUAAUGGGAGUGAGAGGUUGUGACUCGAAGUGUCUGUUCAGUGGAUCGAGGGGUGAAGUCUGCACGAUGGAGCCGCUUCUGCUGAAUAAUCUCCCCAGGCAUCCCCUGAAGAAUUAUACACUAGUCGCCCUGGCGACACUUUCCAAGGUGAUUGUAGUGUGCAUUCGACCCAGAAUGAGAGUUGUCUUGACGCAUCCCCUGUCAGGUCCAACAGUAGCCCCACCCCAGGUGUCCUGGCAGCUGGUGGUGAUUCAAGCGCCAGAUGCUACCAGAGUAAUCGAUCCAGUGCUGGCAUUGGCGAGGGAUACGACUGUUCAUUUCUACCAGGUGUGUUCAGAGGCUGGCUCCAGAGUGAGACUGACUCCCCUGAGGAGAAUGACGCUGUCCUACACAAUCAGUAAUCUUCGAUGGCUUAACACAAGAUCCCUAGCUGUUCUCGAUACCCAGGAGCGUCUCCAUCUGAUCGACGUUCGAACGCAGGAGGAUUUGGAGACGAUAGACAUGAAUCCUGUGGGAAUUUCCUAUGCCUCGAGUCACUUCAAGGGUCUCUCCACCGGUGGAAAUGUCUCCAAGGCGAUGGCAUUGGCUGGAGAGCGUGCCUGUUACAACACAGUUAUCACUUAUGGUAGUCAACUGCUUCUCCUGGGGACGAGAAGACUCCACGUUGUCUUCAUCAGGACGUGGUCUGAGAGACUGAGAUAUCUAACACUCCAGAAGAGAUUCCCAGAGGCACUGGCACUUGGUCUCUCCUUUCACCAGGACAAGGGUAAAGCUGUGGUGGGUCUCAGUGGCUUGAAGAAGCUCAGGAAGAGGUUGACCUUCAUCAAGACGAGUGAGGUGCUGCUGCAGUACAUGCAUGAGUUCAUAAGAUCUCCAUGUGAUUAUGGAAAUGAGAGUGAUAUCAUUGCGACGUGUGUAGAUUAUGCUGUGCAGCUGGAGAAUACUCACUUGUUGUUCGGUGCUCUUUGGGAUCUGGUGUCGGAGACGCCGGGGUUGAAGGGGAGUUAUCUGAGGGCUCUUGAGAGUCCUCUCCUCGAUGGCAGCUUGUCCCCCAGACUGCCCCCUCUCAUUGCUCAACAGUUGGUGGAAUUGUACGAUAAAGAGGAGAGAUUGGAGCCCCUCCAGGCAGUGGUAGUUCUCCUUGAUGUCGAUUGUUUGGAUAUUCACCAGGUGACAACCGUCUGCAGGAACAGAUGCCUCUGGGAGGCGCUCAUUCACCUCCAGACAUCAGCUCUGGGUGACUUCACAGCCCCCAUUCACCAGCUGAUGCCAGUUCUCCAGAAUUUAUUAACGAAUACAAAAGAGGUGUUGCCCAGGGAGUGCAUCAAGCUAGGAAAUGCCCUCCUGGUGUAUGCCAGCUGUUGCCUGGCAGGUCGGGGAUUCCCCAGGGGUGAUCUCCCUCAGGAUCAGCCUCAGAAGGCCAAAGCUGAAGUCCUCAGGGCAUUGUUAUCACAACAUUCCAGUCUCGCUGAAGACAACGAGCGUCAGUAUCCUUAUCUCAGGACUCUACUGCGAUUCGAUCCUCGGGGCUUUCUCGACGUCAUCUCCAUGGCAUUUCAGGAGCCAGAAUUCAAGACUGAAAUGGGAUUGCGUCAGAGGCAGAGGCUCGUCGAUAUUCUUCUCUCAAUUGUCAUGCCAACGACUCCAGUCAGUCCAGACAGUCCUGAUUACCUCACGAGCAAUCAGAGGGCAACUGUCCUCGUCUUCGUGGCUAACGAAAUGGCUGAGGGCACUAUAUCCCUGGAGUCAACAACUCUCAAUCGAUUAAUUGAGGUUCUCUGUGCAGACACUGGGGAUAUCGUCACGAGGGAUCAAAAAUUAGAGAGGGAGAAUGCACUCCUGGAGCUCCUGAAUACUAAAAAACUCAAUGGAAUCACUGACAACACGAUAUUGAAUUUAUCCCAGAGGGCCAAGUUCCUGAGAGUUGCCGAAGUCGUGUACACAGCCAGGGACGACUGGAUAUCAGUCUGCAAAUGUAUUAUUGGAGAUAAUUAUCGAAAGCACGAGGUCUGGCAGUGGCUGGAGAGAUUACCGAAUGGAGCCUUUCAAUCAGUUCUGACAUCACAUGUCGCAACUCUCGUUGAGCUCGACGCUGACAGAGUCGCUGGCUUUCUCAUCAGAAUUCCAGCUAAAUUAUCUGCAAUCCUGAAUAAACUGAAGAACGAACCGAGACUGGAAUUUUUACUGCUGUCCUCAUUGUAUCAUAUUAAUCAGUUUAGAGAGGAUGAGGAGAGUAAAUUGGAGCUGACGACUGGACAUCUGGAGAGAUUUUUAACUCUCAUGUGUCAGUUUGAUCCAAAAGCUGUCGUGGGGCACGUGAAAGGAAUUCAUGGGUGUCGAAUGGAUGAGGCCUUGAGGAUUGUCCAGGAGGCAGGGCACAAGGAAGGGAUUGCUGUGAUGCUGGAGAAAAUGGGAAACUAUCAGGAGGCAUUUGAGCUUCUGCAUGGAGAUCUCCAGGAGAGGCUGGGACUUUUUCACCAGGAAUCCAUGGGGGAGGAGGAAGUCGUCAAGAUGACGGUGCAGCUCGCAGGAUUGUGCAGGAGAGCUGCUGGAAAUCUUGAUUGGAUGCCUCUUGUUGAGACUGUCCUCCAGCCGCACUCUGGGGGCGAUCAGAGGGUUGAAAAACUCAGGGGAAGACUUCUCAAAGUUGUUCUGGAGGCGUUGAGUGGAACUACUGCUCUCUCCAUGGUUCUGGAGAAGAUUCUCAAACAUCCACUCGCUACCUCAGGCACAAUCGGGGACAUCAGGCAGCUGCUGACUGGAGUUUUGACUCAUUCUAGGUACGAGCAGGUCCUCGUGGAAACUACGGCGAGACUUGUCAGUCUAGAGUUGCAUGAGGCACUCAAAAAAACUCUCAGAGAUUCGGGAAGGGGAUGCGCUAGUGUUUCCAUGACUUGUCCAGUGUGCAGACAGGUGCUGACCCAGUGCACAGACUACACAGUGUUCUUUGGUUGUGGCCAUGGAUAUCAUUCCCAGUGUCUAGGUGAGAGAAAACUCUGCUACAAGUGCCUGAACAACAAGGGUUGGGCACCAGUUGCCAAAAAUUAUCAAGUGCCCACCCCCAGGGCCCCAGAGAGGCCCCAAAUAUUACCACCGGCUUUCAUGCGACGACGUGACCUCACCCUCAGGCUCGGUGCACCAACUGUUCUGACAGAUCUCGAGGGAAUUUUUUAAAGCCAAGUUUAUUCAAUGUAAAUCUAGUCUCAAAUCAUUCAGCAAAUACCAGGAUAUUAGUCUGAUACUCAAGACAUUCAAAUUUGUAUAUUGGUUAUUUUGUCUCGUGAUCUGCUCCCUCGGGACUAUUUACGGAGUCAUUGUAUCAUAUUUAUAAAUCUAUUGAUAGAAUUUACGAUUAAAUAGGAGAGAGUUUAUCAUUCUAAUUGAUUUUGUGGAAGGUACGUGAAAUAAAAUAAAGCAAGAU